GCCCCCCUGGCCCCCGAGACCGGCGAGCUUCACGCCCGGUGGCGGUGCCGCGUCUUCUCCUCCGUCCGCCGCGCGAUGUGAGGCGACGGCGGCGCCAGUCUGGCUCUCGGCUCGGCGGAGCUGUGUGCGGCCAUUAGGGGCCGGUGCGGCGGCGGCAGCGGGAGGAGCCCGAGGAGCCGGAGGAGGGUGCGCGGGGUGGGGGCGCAGGCCCAGGCGGGGGCGCCGGGAGGAGGUGAGUGUCUCUGGUCGCCGCCUCCUCUCCCCUCUUUUCGCCCCCGCCUCCUGGUGGCGAUGCGAAGGAGGAGGACAGCGCCGAGGAGGAAGAGGCUGAUGGCGGCGGCGGAGCUCCGGGAGACCUCGGCGGGGCAGAGGCCGGCGGCGGCCGGCUGGAGACUGCGCGUCUAGAGCGGUGCUCGGCGGGUCGGCGUCGCUGAGCCGUCCUCCCGGCCUGGCCGGGCCGGUCCCUCCGCACUUGGCCCUAGCGUUUCUGCCGAGUCCGCAUCCCUCUCCCGGCCGCGGCGACCGGGCGAAGAAAAAAAGGAACUUCCCCACCCCCCUCGGGUGGCGGCAGAGCCCCCCCUUCCCCCGAGCCCACCCUUAAGAGCGGGGCGGGGACCCCGGGCCGAAGAAGAGAUUUCCUGCGGAUUCGCCUUUUCCUCGCCUGUGUCUCCGAAAGAAUUAAAAAUGGCCGAGAAUGUGGUGGAACCGGGGCCGCCUUCAGCCAAGCGGCCUAAACUCUCGUCUCCGGCCCUCUCGGCGUCGGCCAGCGAUGGCACAGAUUUUGGCUCUCUGUUUGACCUGGAGCAUGACUUACCAGAUGAAUUAAUCAACUCUACAGAAUUGGGACUAACCAAUGGUGGUGAUAUUAGUCAGCUUCAGACAAGUCUUGGCAUAGUACAAGAUGCAGCCUCUAAACAUAAACAGCUGUCAGAAUUGCUACGGUCUGGGAGUUCCCCUAACCUCAAUAUGGGGGUUGGUGGCCCAGGCCAAGUCAUGGCCAGCCAGGCCCAACAGAAUAGCCCUGGAUUAGGCUUAAUAAAUAGCAUGGUCAAAAGCCCAAUGGCCCAAACAGGCUUGACUUCUCCCAACAUGGGGUUGGCCACUAGUGGAGCAAAUCAAGGUCCUACACAGUCCACAGCAGGUAUGAUGAACAGCCCAGUAAAUCAGCCUGCCAUGGGAAUGAACACAGGGAUGAGUGCUGGCAUGAAUCCUGGAAUGUUGGCUGCAGGCAAUGGACAAGGGAUAAUGCCCAAUCAAGUCAUGAACGGUUCAAUUGGAACAGGCCGAGGGCGACCGAAUAUGCAGUACCCAAACCCAGGCAUGGGAAAUGCUGGCAAUUUAUUGACUGAGCCACUACAGCAGGGUUCUGCCCAGAUGGGAGGACAAACAGGAUUGAGAGGCCCCCAGCCUCUUAAGAUGGGAAUGAUGAGCAAUCCCAAUCCUUAUGGUUCACCAUAUACUCAGAAUUCUGGUCAGCAGAUUGGAGGCAGUGGCCUUGGUCUCCAAAUUCAGACAAAGACUGUACUACCAAAUAGUUUAUCUCCAUUUGCAAUGGACAAAAAGGCAGUACCUGGUGGGGGAAUGCCCAGCAUGGGCCAACAGCCUGCCCCACAGGUCCAGCAGCCAGGCUUAGUGACUCCAGUUGCCCAGGGAAUGGGUUCUGGAGCACACACGGCUGAUCCAGAGAAGCGCAAGCUCAUCCAGCAGCAGCUGGUUCUCCUUUUGCAUGCUCAUAAGUGCCAGCGCAGGGAGCAGGCCAACGGGGAAGUGAGGCAAUGCAACCUUCCCCACUGCCGCACCAUGAAAAACGUUCUAAACCACAUGACACACUGCCAGUCAGGCAAGUCCUGUCAAGUGGCACACUGUGCAUCUUCUCGCCAAAUCAUUUCACACUGGAAGAAUUGUACAAGGCACGAUUGUCCUGUGUGUCUUCCCCUCAAAAAUGCUGGGGAUAAGCGAAAUCAACAGUCAAUUUUGACUGGAGCACCGGUUGGGCUUGGAAACCCUAGCUCUCUAGGGGUGGGUCAACAGUCUACCCCUAGCCUAAGCACUGUUAGUCAGAUUGAUCCCAGUUCUAUUGAGCGAGCCUAUGCUGCUCUUGGACUACCCUAUCAAGUAAACCAGAUGCCACCGCAACCCCAAGUACAAGCAAAGAACCAACAAAAUCAGCAGUCUGGGCAGUCGCCCCAAGGCAUGCGGCCCAUGAACAACAUGAGUGCUAGCCCUAUGGGUGUAAAUGGAGGUGUAGGAGUGCAGACACCGAAUCUUCUUUCUGACACAAUGUUGCAUUCAGCCAUAAAUUCUCAAAACCCAAUGAUGAGUGAAAAUGCUAGUGUGGCCUCCCUGGGCCCUAUGCCCACAGCAGCUCAACCAUCUAGUACUGGGAUUCGGAAACAGUGGCAUGAAGAUAUUACUCAGGAUCUUCGAAAUCAUCUUGUUCAUAAACUUGUGCAAGCCAUAUUUCCCACUCCGGAUCCUGCUGCUUUAAAAGACAGACGGAUGGAAAACCUUGUUGCCUAUGCUCGGAAAGUAGAAGGGGACAUGUAUGAGUCUGCAAAUAAUAGAGCGGAAUACUACCACCUCCUAGCUGAGAAGAUUUAUAAGAUCCAGAAAGAACUAGAAGAGAAACGAAGGACUAGACUGCAGAAGCAGAACAUGCUUCCAAAUGCUGCCGGCAUAGUGCCAGUUUCCAUGAAUCCAGGGCCUAACAUGGGACAGCCACAACCAGGAAUGACUUCUAAUGGCCCUCUACCUGACCCAGCUAUGAUCCGUGGCAGUGUGCCAAACCAGAUGAUGCCUCGGAUUACUCCACAACCUGGUUUGAAUCAGUUUGGCCAGAUGAAUAUGCCCCAGCCCCCUAUUGGACCCCGGCAAACCUCUCCUCUUCAGCACCAUGGACAGUUGGCUCAGUCUGGAGCGCUUAAUCCGCCUAUGGGCUAUGGACCUCGCAUGCAGCAGCCUUCCAGCCAGAACCAGUUCCUCUCCCAGACUCAGUUCCCACCCCAGGGAAUGAAUGUAACAAAUAUGCCUUUGGCUCCAUCCAGUGGUCAGGCACCAGUGUCUCAAGCACAAAUGUCCAGUUCUUCCUGCCCAGUGAACUCUCCUAUAAUGACUCCAGGGUCUCAGGGGAGCCAAAUUCACUGUCCGCCCCUGUCUCAACAAGCUCUUCAUCAGAAUUCACCCUCACCUGUACCUAGUCGUACCCCCACUCCUCAUCAUACUCCUCCAAGUAUAGGGACUCAGCAACCACCAGCAACAGCAAUCCCAGCCCCUGUUCCCACACCUCCUGCCAUGCCACCUGGGCCACAGCCCCAGGCUCUGCAUCCUCCCUCCAGACAGACACCUACACCGCCAACCACACAGCUUCCUCCCCAAGUGCAGCCUUCACUUCCUGCUGCUCCUUCAACUGACCAGUCCCAGCAACAGCCUCGCUCACAGCAGAGUACAACGGCCUCCGUUCCUACCCCAACGGCACCACUGCUGCCUCCACAGCCUUCAACUCCGCUUUCUCAGCCAGCUGUAAGCAUUGAAGGCCAGGUGUCAAACCCUCCGUCCACAAGUAGCACAGAAGUGAAUUCUCAGACCAUCCCUGAGAAACAGCCUUCGCAGGAAGUCAAAAUGGAGGUGGAUCACCCCGAAACAGCAGACACUCGACCUGAGGAGAUUCACGAGGCUAAAACUGAAGAUUGUAAAGUGGAGCCUACAGAAGUAGAAGAGAGGGGUACUGAGUUAAAAAAUGACAUAAAAGAGGAAGAAGACCAACCAAGUACUUCAGCGACCCAGUCUUCUCCAGCCCCAGGACAGUCAAAGAAAAAGAUUUUCAAGCCAGAAGAACUACGACAAGCUCUGAUGUCAACAUUGGAGGCACUGUACCGUCAGGACCCAGAAUCCCUUCCCUUUCGUCAGCCUGUCGACCCUCAGCUUCUAGGAAUACCUGAUUACUUUGAUAUUGUGAAGAGCCCCAUGGAUCUUUCUACCAUCAAGAGGAAGUUAGACACUGGACAGUAUCAAGAGCCCUGGCAAUAUGUAGAUGAUAUUUGGCUCAUGUUUAACAAUGCCUGGUUAUAUAACCGCAAAACUUCAAGGGUAUAUAAGUAUUGCUCCAAGCUCUCUGAGGUGUUUGAACAAGAAAUUGACCCUGUCAUGCAAAGCCUUGGAUACUGCUGUGGCAGAAAGUUGGAAUUCUCUCCACAGACACUCUGUUGCUAUGGCAAACAGUUGUGUACAAUCCCUCGUGAUGCCACUUACUACAGUUACCAGAACAGGUAUCAUUUCUGUGAGAAGUGUUUCAAUGAAAUCCAAGGGGAGAGCGUUUCUUUGGGGGAUGACCCUUCCCAGCCUCAAACUACAAUAAAUAAAGAACAGUUUUCCAAGAGAAAAAAUGACACACUGGAUCCUGAACUGUUUGUUGAAUGUACAGAAUGUGGAAGAAAAAUGCAUCAGAUCUGUGUCCUUCACCAUGAGAUCAUCUGGCCAGCUGGGUUUGUCUGUGAUGGCUGUUUAAAGAAAACUGCACGAACUAGGAAAGAAAAUAAGUUCUCUGCUAAAAGGUUGCCAUCUACCAGACUUGGCACCUUUCUGGAGAAUCGUGUGAAUGACUUUCUGAGGCGACAGAGUCACCCUGAAUCAGGAGAGGUCACUGUUAGGGUUGUUCAUGCUUCUGACAAGACUGUGGAAGUGAAACCUGGCAUGAAAGCAAGGUAUCAAAGCAUUUCCUUUUCUUCUCACAUGGAUGCACAGUUGUUCGUGCGUAGUCAAGUGCGUGUUGAUUUCAGUCGGAAUGACAUUGUGGUUUCUCCCCAAUCUGAAUUGUGUAGGUUUGUAGACAGCGGAGAGAUGGCAGAAUCCUUUCCAUACCGAACCAAGGCCCUCUUUGCCUUUGAAGAGAUUGAUGGUGUUGACUUAUGUUUUUUUGGCAUGCAUGUUCAAGAGUACGGCUCUGACUGCCCCCCACCCAACCAGAGGAGAGUAUACAUAUCUUACCUCGACAGUGUUCAUUUCUUCCGUCCUAAAUGCUUGAGGACUGCAGUCUAUCAUGAAAUUCUAAUUGGGUACUUAGAGUAUGUCAAGAAAUUAGGAUACACAACAGGACAUAUUUGGGCAUGUCCACCAAGUGAAGGGGAUGACUAUAUCUUCCAUUGCCAUCCUCCUGACCAGAAGAUACCCAAGCCCAAGCGCCUGCAGGAGUGGUACAAAAAGAUGCUUGACAAGGCUGUGUCAGAGCGUAUUGUCCACGACUACAAGGAUAUUUUAAAACAAGCUAAUGAAGAUCGAUUAACAAGCGCAAAGGAGUUACCAUACUUUGAAGGUGAUUUCUGGCCAAAUGUUUUAGAGGAGAGCAUUAAGGAGCUUGAGCAGGAAGAAGAAGAAAGGAAGCGGGAAGAGAACACCAGCAAUGAAAGCACUGAUGUAACAAAGGGAGACAGCAAAAACGCUAAAAAGAAGAAUAAUAAAAAAACUAGCAAAAACAAGAGCAGCCUGAGCAGGGGCAACAAGAAGAAGCCUGGCAUGCCCAACGUGUCCAAUGACCUGUCUCAGAAGCUGUACGCCACCAUGGAGAAACACAAAGAGGUCUUCUUUGUAAUCCGCCUCAUCGCUGGCCCUGCUGCCAACUCCCUGCCCCCCAUCGUUGAUCCUGACCCUCUUAUUCCCUGUGAUCUGAUGGAUGGUCGAGACGCAUUCCUCACCCUUGCAAGGGACAAGCACCUAGAAUUCUCUUCACUCCGAAGAGCCCAGUGGUCUACCAUGUGCAUGCUGGUGGAGCUGCACACACAGAGUCAGGACCGUUUUGUGUACACCUGCAACGAGUGCAAGCACCACGUGGAGACACGCUGGCACUGCACUGUCUGCGAGGAUUAUGACCUAUGCAUCACCUGUUAUAACACUAAAAACCAUGACCACAAAAUGGAGAAACUAGGUCUCGGCUUAGAUGAUGAGAGCAACAACCAGCAGGCAGCAGCCACCCAGAGCCCAGGAGACUCUCGCCGUCUGAGCAUCCAGCGUUGCAUCCAGUCUCUGGUCCAUGCCUGCCAGUGUCGCAAUGCCAACUGCUCCCUGCCUUCCUGCCAGAAGAUGAAGAGGGUUGUACAACACACCAAGGGCUGCAAAAGGAAAACCAAUGGUGGAUGCCCCAUCUGCAAGCAGCUCAUUGCGCUCUGCUGCUACCAUGCCAAGCACUGCCAGGAAAACAAGUGCCCCGUGCCGUUCUGCCUCAACAUCAAGCAAAAGCUCCGACAGCAGCAGCUACAGCACCGGCUCCAGCAGGCUCAGAUGCUCCGCAGGAGGAUGGCCAGCAUGCAGCGGACUGGUGUGGCAGGGCAGCAGCAAGGCCUGCCAUCCCCAACUCCUGCUACUCCAACCACACCAACUGGCCAGCAGCCAACCACCCCACAGACACCCCAGCCCCAACCCACUGCUCAACCUCAGCCUACCCCUCCCAAUAGCAUGCCACCCUACUUGCCCAGGACUCAAGCUGCUGGCCCUGUGUCCCAGGGUAAGGCAGCAGGCCAGGUGACCCCACCAACUCCCCCUCAGACUGCUCAGCCCCCCCUUCCAGGGCCCCCACCUGCAGCAGUAGAAAUGGCAAUGCAAAUUCAGAGGGCAGCAGAGACGCAGCGCCAGAUGGCCCAUGUGCAAAUUUUUCAAAGGCCAAUCCAACAUCAGAUGCCCCAAAUGACUCCCAUGACCCCUAUGGGCAUGAACCCACCUCCCAUGGCCAGAGGUCCCAGUGGGCACUUGGAGCCAGGGAUGGGGCCCACAGGAAUGCAGCAGCAGCCACCAUGGGCACAAGGAGGGUUGCCUCAGCCCCAGCAAAUGCAGUCAGGGAUGCCAAGGCCAGCCAUGAUGUCUGUAGCGCAGCAUGGUCAGCCCUUGAACAUGGCUCCACAACCAGGAUUGGGCCAAGUAGGUGUGAGCCCACUCAAACCAGGCACUGUGUCUCAACAAGCCUUACAAAAUCUUUUGCGGACUCUCAGGUCUCCCAGCUCUCCCUUACAGCAGCAACAGGUGCUCAGUAUCCUUCACGCCAACCCCCAGCUGUUGGCUGCGUUCAUCAAACAGCGGGCUGCCAAGUAUGCCAACUCUAAUCCACAGCCUCUCCCUGGACAGCCUGGCAUACCCCAGGGACAGCCAGGGCUGCAGCCGCCCACUAUGCCUGGUCAGCAGGGCGUCCACUCCAACCCAGCAUUGCAGAACAUGAAUCCUAUGCAGGCGGGUGUCCAGAGAGCUGGCCUGCCCCAGCAGCAGCCCCCACAGCAACUCCAGCCACCCAUGGGAGGAAUGAGCCCCCAAGCACAGCAGAUGAACAUGAAUCACAACACAAUGCCUUCACAGUUCCGAGACCUCCUGAGACGACAUCAGAUCAUGCAGCAGCAGCAGCAGCAGCAGGGAGCAGGGCCAGGAAUCGGGCCUGGGAUGGCUAACCACAGUCAGUUCCAGCAGCCCCAAGGAGUUGGCUAUCCCGCGCAGCAGCAGCAGCAGCAGCAACGAAUGCAACAUCACAUGCAGCAGAUGCAGCAAGGGAAUAUGGGACAGAUGGGCCAGCUCCCCCAGGCCUUGGGAGCAGAGGCAGGAGCCAGUUUGCAGGCCUACCAACAGCGACUUCUUCAGCAACAGAUGGGGUCGCCUGCUCAGCCCAACCCUAUGAGCCCCCAACAGCAUAUGCUUCCAAAUCAGGCCCAGUCUCCACACCUACAAGGCCAGCAGAUCCCUAACUCUCUCUCCAAUCAAGUGCGCUCUCCCCAGCCUGUCCCUUCUCCACGGCCACAGUCCCAACCCCCACAUUCUAGCCCAUCCCCAAGGAUGCAGCCUCAGCCUUCUCCACACCAUGUUUCCCCACAGACCAGUUCCCCACAUCCUGGACUGGUAGCUGCCCAAGCCACCAACCCCAUGGAACAAGGGCAUUUUGCCAGCCCGGACCAGAAUUCAAUGCUUUCUCAGCUCGCUAGCAAUCCAGGCAUGGCAAACCUCCACGGUGCAAGCGCCACGGACCUGGGACUGAGCACCGAUAACACAGACUUGAAUUCAAACCUCUCACAGAGUACACUAGACAUACACUAGAGACACCUUGUAGUAUUUUGGGAGCAAAAAAAUUAUUUUCUCUUAACAAGACUUUUUGUACUGAAAACAAUUUUUUUGAAUCUUUCUUAGCCUAAAAGACAAUUUUCCUUGGGACAUGUAAGAACUGUGCAGUAGCCGUUUGUGGUUUGAAGCAAACACGCAAGAUGAACCUGAGGGAUAAUAGAUUACAAAGAAUAUAUUUUUGUUAUGGCUGCUUACCCCAGCCUUUUUUUCCCCUUGUGUGUGUGGUUCAAGUGUGCACUGGGAGGCGGCUGAGGUCUGAAGCCAGCCGGAUGCUCCUGCCUUGCACCUCCAAUAGGUUUUAUUAUUUUUUUUAAAUUAAUGAAAAUAUGUAAUAUUAAUAGUUAUUAUUUACUGGUGCAGAUGGUUGACAUUUUCCCUAUUUUCCUCACUUUAUGGAAGAAUUUAAAAAGAACAUUUCUAAACCAGAGGACAAAAGGGGUUAAUGUUACUUAAAAUUACAUUCUAUAUAUAUAUAUAUAUAUAUAUAAAUAUAUAUAAAUUAUAAUUAAAUACCAAUUUUUUUCUCUGGGUGCAAAGAUGUUCAUUCUUUUAAAAAUGUUUAAGAAAAGAAAAAAAAAAAACUCUCCUUUCCCCUCAAGUCAACUUUUGUGCUCCAGAAAAUUUUCUAUUCUGUAAGUCUGAGCGUAAAACUUCAAGUAUUAAGAUAAUUUGUACAUGUAGAGAGAAAAAUGACUUUUUCAAAAUAUACAGGGGCAGCUGCCAAAUUGAUGUAUUAUAUAUUGUGGUUUCUGUUUCUUGAAAGAAUUUUUUUCGUUAUUUUUACAUCUAACAAAGGAAAAAAAUCUAAAAAGAGGGUAAGAAACGAUUCCAGUGGGAUGAUUUCAAGAUGCGAGUGUCCCUGGGGUUUCUUUGCUUGCUUUCUUCCUUACUCUGCCCCCCCCACACACACUUUCUGUAAAACUUGAAAAUAGAAAGCAAAAACCCUCAACUGUUGUAAAUCAUGCAAUUAAAAUUGAUUACUUAUAAAUAUGAACUUUGGAUCACUGUAUAGACUGUUAAAUUUGAUUUCUUAUUACCUAUUGUUAAAUAAACUGUGUGAAACAGACA